AUGAGAUUACUCAUUGCCUUCUCUCUCUGGAUUAUUCUCAUUGUGUUCCAGGAACAAAUGUCUUGUUUCUCCUUAAGUAUACCUGCUUCUCCUGGCUACUAUCAAGAUGGGGAUUUUGUGAUUGGAGGACUCUUCUCCCUUAGAGUGAUGAUUAGACGCUUCAUAAGUAAAUUUAGCUUUAAAGAUGCAUUCUAUUUAUCAGAAUUUCUUUAUGCGCAUCUUACCAAACAUUAUCAACAUAUAUUGGCAAUGGUUUUUGCUACAGAAAAAAUCAACAAGGACCCAAAUAUUCUGUUCAAUAUGUCCCUGGGAUUCUAUCUCUUCAAUGUUGACUAUCUUGAGAUGAAGGCCAUGGAAAGUUCUAUGGCUUUGAUCUCAGGAGAGAGCCCCCCAAUUCCUAACUACAGCUGCAGGCCUGAGAAGACUGAUAAGCUGGUUGCAGUGAUAGGAGGCAUUUCAACAGGAAUAUCAACUCAGAUCUCCCGAGUUCUAAGUCUCUACAACAUCCCACAGAUCAGCUAUGCUCCUUUUGACCAGAGCCUUGGGACCAGAGUCCAGCUUCAGUCUCCUUACCAGUUUCCUGUGUACACCACAGCUCUGUAUCAGGGAAUUAUUCAACUGCUGCUAUACUUCACUUGGGUCUGGGUUGCCCUGGUGGUUCCAGAUGAUAUGAGGGGAGAAUUCUUCCUUAGGGACAUCACAGAGGAGAUAAAGAACCAAGGAAUUUGCGUUGCAUUUGCAGAAAAAGUUCCAGAAUUUCCUGCUAAAGACACAGUAAACAGGAAACGUUUUAUGGAAAGAUUCUCAUUGACACGUGUUAUCAUUGCAUUUGGUGACACAUAUUCUCUUCUGAGCUUUGUCGAUAUGAUCAUUCACUAUGGUACUUUUCAUAAUGUCUGGAUCACAACUUCUGAUUGGGAUUUCACCACAUUUCCUUUUCAUCAACAUAAAAGUCAUAUAAUCUCUGUUAGAGGAUUAUCAUUUUCUGUUCGCAUGGAUCAAGUACCGGGAUUCAAGGAUUUUCUCAGAGAUGUUCAACCUAGAAAAUACCCUCAUGAUAUCUUUAUCCAGGAUGUGUGGUCCAUCUUAUUUGAAUGUCCAUAUUUGUAUUGGCAGAAAGUCAGGGAACCAAGUAAAUGUGAGCCAAAUGGCAGCCUGAGCACACGACCUCUGCAUGUUUGGGAUAUGAAUACCUCACCCUAUAGCUCCAAAGUCCAUGCUGCUGUGUAUGCCAUUGCCCAGGCACUCCAUGAGGAGCUGUCACUCAGAAUGGCAGGAGACUCACUUGAUAAAAGUGUACUCCGGGCUCCUCUCCCAUGGAAGCUCCAUCCAUUCUUACAAAAAGGCCGUUUUGGGAGAAGCACCAAUGAGGAGAACGUUGGGAACAAGGAGGUUUCCGCAACCAAGUUUGACAUCUUAAAUUACCAUUCUCUGCCAAGCAGUACCAAAUCUCAAGUAAAGGUUGGCGAGUUUGUCUUUGAAUCUCACACUGUUCAGCUUUUUUCACUAGAUGAAAAACUCAUAACUUGGGGUAAAUAUGACAAGGAGAUUCCUUUUUCUGUUUGCAGUCAAAGUUGUCCACUUGGAUAUAGGAAAACACCUGUUGAAGGGAAACCAUUUUGUUGCUUUGAUUGUCUGCCAUGUGCAGAUGGAGAGGUUGCAAAUGAAACAGAUAUGGAUCAAUGUAUCAAGUGUCCUGAAGAUCAGUAUCCAAAUAAGCAGAAGAAUUACUGUCUCCCUAAAAUUACAACAUAUUUAUCCCAUGGAGAUACUCUAGGAGCUGUUUUGGGGUCUGUGGCCAUUAGUUUAUCUAUAUUUUCAGCUAUGAUUUUAGGAUUAUUUAUCCACUAUCGGGACACACCCAUUGUUAGAGCAAAUAACAGAAAUCUCAGUUAUCUACUCCUAGUUUCUCUAAUGCUCUGUUUCUUUUGCUCAUUAAUAUUCAUUGGCCAAACUAGAACAGUCACUUGUGUCUUGAGACAAAUGAUAUUUGGGGUUGUAUUUUCUGUCACCAUUUCUGCUAUCUUAGCAAAAACCUUCAUUGUGGUUGUUGCCUUCAAUGCCAUCAAACCAGGAAGCAGAUUGCAAAUGUGGAUGGUGAUCCGACUUUCAUAUGCUAUAGUCUGCUGUGGUUCCAUCAUUCAAGUGUGCAUCUGUGCAGUCUGGCUGGGGACAUAUCCCCCUUUCCCUGAUGUUGACAUGCACUCAGAGUUUGGGCAAAUCAUCCUCUGGUGUAAUGAGGGGUCCACCUUUGCUUUCUAUUUUGUUCUUGGGUACUUGAGCUUUCUGUCCAGUCUCAGCUUGCUUAUUGCUUUUCUGGCUAGAAGGCUACCUGACAGCUUCAAUGAGGCAAAAACAAUCACAUUCAGCAUGCUGGUUUUCUGCAGUGUGUGGAUUUCUUUUGUACCCACUUACCUGAGCUCCAAAGGCAAAACCAUGGUAGCUGUGGAAAUUGUUUCCAUUUUGGUGUCCAGUUCUAUCUUACUGCUCUGUAUAUUUCUUCCCAAAUGCUAUGUGAUCCUACUGAGGUCAGGUGGCCAUUCUAGAAAGAAGUUCUUUAAAUGA